GUAGUGUUCCUCCGGCUCAGACUCCGGUUAUCAGCUGCGACCAUGCCGACAGUCAGCGUGAAGAGAGAUCUGCUUUUUGAAGCUCUGGGACAAACAUACACUGAUGAAGAGUUUGAUGAACUGUGCUUCGAGUUUGGCCUCGAGCUGGACGAAAUCACCUCAGAGAAGGACAUUAUAAGCCGUGAGCAGGGAGAUGAUAAAGCAGAAGGAGCGUCUGAUGUUGUGCUCUAUAAAAUCGACGUUCCAGCAAACCGCUAUGAUCUGCUGUGCCUGGAGGGUCUCGUCAGGGGUCUGCAGGUCUUCAAGGACAAGAUGGAAGCUCCUCGGUAUAAGCGUGUGAGUCCAGCGGAUGGAGGGGAGCCUCAGCGGCUGCUCAUAACAGAGGAGACGGCAUCUGUGAGGCCGUUCGCUGUAGCUGCAGUACUGCGCAACAUUACAUUCACCCAGGAGCGUUACGACAGCUUCAUAGAGCUGCAGGAGAAACUGCACCAGAACAUCUGCAGGAAAAGGACGCUGGUUGCAAUAGGAACUCAUGAUUUGGACACAAUCUCCGGUCCGUUCACCUACACAGCCAAAGCACCCGGUGAAAUCCGCUUCAAACCACUCAAUCAGAGCCAAGAGUUCACCGCCACUGAGCUCAUGAGUCUCUAUAAGUCUGACAGUCACCUGAGGCACUACCUUCACAUCAUCGAGAAUGAGCCUCUCUACCCGAUUAUAUAUGACAGUAAUGGCAUCGUCUUGUCCAUGCCUCCUAUCAUCAAUGGGAACCACAGCAGAAUCUCAUUAAACACAAAGAAUGUUUUCAUUGAGUGCACGGCUACAGACCUCACAAAGGCAAAGAUCACGCUGGACAUGAUAGUGACCAUGUUUAGUGAAUAUUGUGAGGAGCCCUUCACGGUUGAGGAGGCAAAGGUUGUUUAUCCUGAUGGCAGAAUGUGUGUUUAUCCUGAGCUGGCGUACAGGACGGAGACUCUGUCUGGGGAGUUCAUCAACAAAAAAGUUGGCAUCAAUGAAUCUGCAGAAGGCAUCGCUCAGCUACUGACCCGCAUGUGUCUGAGAUCAGAGGUCAGCGGUGAGGACGGUCAGAUCCAGGUGGAGAUCCCACCCACUCGCUCUGAUGUGAUCCAUGCAUGCGACAUCAUGGAAGACGCAGCCAUCGCGUAUGGCUUCAACAACAUCGUCAGGAGCACGCCGCGCACUUACACCGUAGCCAAUCAGCUCCCUGUAAAUAAACUGACAGAAUUACUGAGGCAAGACCUUGCAGCCGCUGGCUUUACUGAAGCUCUAACAUUCGCUCUGUGCUCGCAAGAAGAUAUUGCUGAUAAACUCAGGAAAAACAUAGCAGAAAUCGGAGCAGUCCAUAUCUCAAACCCGAAGACCGCAGAGUUUCAGGUGGCGCGUACCUGUCUUCUUCCUGGCCUACUGAAAACAGUCGCUGCCAACAGAAAGAUGCCGCUUCCUCUCAAACUGUUUGAGAUUUCAGACGUCGUCCUGAAGGAUGAAACAAAAGAUGUAGGAGCUCGUAACAACCGGCGUCUCUGUGCCAUUUACUACAACAAGAGUCCAGGUUUCGAGGUCAUCCAUGGGCUUCUGGAUCGGGUCAUGCAGCUUCUGGAUGUCAAACCAGGCCGUGAUCAAGGAUACCACAUCCAGGCGGCAGAAGAUUCAACCUUCUUCCCUGGUCGCUGUGCUGAGAUCUUUUCAUCAGGCAAGAAUAUCGGGCACCUCGGGGUCCUGCACCCUGAUGUCAUCAGUCGCUUUGAGCUCACGAUGCCCUGCUCCGCCAUAGACAUCGAUAUUGAGCCCUUCCUGUGAGGGCAUAAUGAAGAUCCAAUUAGCCACGCCCUAUCAAUUAGCUCCUCCCCCUACAUACAGAGUACCACCCACUUCUGUCUUCAAGAGAAUGAGUUCUAGUUACAACGGCAUGUGUUUCUGUAUGUUCAGAAGAUAAGUCACUGUUUUAAGCAAUAUUAAACAUCAAGACUGAAUCCUUGUGUCCAAUUCAUAUACUGACAUGGAAAUAAAUAAAUGAAUACGGUUGAGUAAACCAACAAAUGUCUAUAUUUGUCAGCUUUUUCUCAAGCAGUGUCCUCCAAAGUGACAUGCUUUAACAUAGGGCAGUGUUUCUCAACCACGUUCCUGGAGGACCACCAGCUCUGCACAUUUCCCUGUCUCCUUAACCAAACACACCUGAUUCAGAUGAUCAGCUCAUUAGCAGAGACUUAAAGACCUGUAAUUGGUGUGACAGACGAAGGAGACAUCCAAAACAUGCAGUGUUGGUGGUCCUCCAGGAACGUGGUUGAGAAACACUAACAUAGAAAUAAAGCAUUUAUUUAAUUUGAGGGAAAAUAAGAUUAAAUAUUGAUGUUGUUAUCGAAUAUUAUUUCACGGCUGUCUGGAAUACUUUAUUCUGAUUGGUCAGUCAUGCAAGAUAUAUUAUUCUCAGAUAACAACCACUGAAUAACGUAUGCUCAUCUGGGAACUUCGAAUCAACUUGACCGUCUGUAAAUCCGUUCACAUUUAUGUACUUACAACCACAUGUGCAUCUGUUCGUCUGUCAUGUCAUCUUGUGAAUAAAUAAUACAUACGUAUAUGCUUUA